UUAAAUCAGCUUCCAUUGAGCUUCGAUCUCCCUCUCUUUCUUCUCCUCUGAGGACCCUUCACUGAAAUUACAGCUACAGAACUUCAACCCAGCUUCAGGCAUAAUAAUGUCUUACUCCCGAUACAAAAAGGAAUCAAACUGAACAACAAGAAGAAGAAGAAUUAGGUUGAUUUCAGGGCAUUCAUCACUUUGGAGAUUUGGAACCCAAAGCAUGAUGGAAGUAGUCAAGUUCUUUGAAACAGCUCCUGAUGGGAAGAGUCGAAAUUGCAAGUUCUGCAAGCAAAGCUAUCCUAUUGCUACGGCUUUCGGGAAUUUGGGGAGGCAUUUGAAAUAUUACCAUCCUGGAUAUGAUAAGAUGGAUGAUGCAAUCUCCAGCCUAUCGCCACAACCCAUCACCAUUAUAUCGUCUUUGGGUGAUGCCAAUGCCAGACCAUCUCCGCAGCCCAUCACAAACGGAAGGGAAACCGCUGAUAAGAAUGGUGGUGCUGCCCCCAGGUCGUCGCUGCAGUCCAUUACAAGUGAAUUGCAGAGCGCUGAUAAGAUGGGGGAUGCCAUAUCUAGUCUAUCUCCGCAGUCCAUAACAACUGUAUCGAACAGGGAUGUGGAACCUAAAAGCACGCCGGAAAUAGCAAUAGUCACUGAGGUGGCAUCAUUGUAUCUCAAGUUCUUUGAAACAGCUCCUGACGGGCUGAGACCCAUGAUAACAGUCAGAAGACCAUACAUGCUUGCCACAAACUAAAAGCGUAUUUGGAUGGUCAGAAUUCAAUGGCCUUCUGCUAUAUCCCAUGUGCUGCUAGAACACUAAACCUAAUCAUAAAGG